AUGGCUUUAGAGAAAUUAUUCUUGAUCUCUGAUCGCGAUUGUAAUCGGCGUAAGCCUUGGCAAGAAAGUAUCGUCGAUAAUAUGCUCGCCAAUUUGCUUGUUAUUGUUCUGGUGUGUUUAUAUACCAUGAAUAUGGUACAGAGCGAGGAUCCAUUAGAUACCAUUUCGACGACAGUAGAAGCGAGCGAAGACGUGUCAACGACGCUUGAUACUAGUUUAACGAAGAAAGUACCCAAGAAAAAGCGAGAGAGCGAAAUGGCUAACGUGGAACUGCUCAAGUGUUUAGAAAAGUGCACAGCAAAAGGAAAGACGAUCCCAAAAUUUAUUGCUAGAGAAAGCUACGUAAACAGAUGCGGUGUAUUGUGCUUCGCCAGUUUCUAAAACUUCAAUGAUUCGUACGAAUUAGAAGAAGACCCA